UGUCGCCAACUAGAGGCAAUUCAACAAAAUAAAACUGGUCGAUUUUUCAGAGUACGUCAACAGUGUUUGGCAUAAAAAAAAAUCGAGUAUUAUUUUUCCAAUUAAAAAUUUAAUUUUGACAGCUGAAUAAUCAUCCAGUCAACGUCAAAACAAUAAUUAAAAAUGUCAUUCAGUGAAAAAAUAGCUUCCAUAAUGGAGCGACCUGGACAAGAUCCACAAUCCCAAGAUGAUGUACCCUGGUGGAUGAAAUACGGUGCACGAGCAAUGGGAACCGUUGGUGGUUUUUUUGGAAUACUUUUUGGUGCUUUUAGUUGUCUGACAAUUAUUGUUGCAUCAAUUCCAGGAUUCUUAAGUGGUGUAACAUUAAUUAUUGCUGGUCUUGUUGUGCUAACAGGAGAAGCUCCUUGUUGUUGUAUAUUUCUUGAUUUUGUUCAAACAUUAAGUAACAUCAUUGAAAAACGACCUUACUGGAAUCGAGCUGUUCUCUAUUGUGGAUUAGCAGUAUUACCAUUAUUCUUGGAUUUUUCAUUUGGCAAAUUUCUUGCAAGUGGUUUGAUAUUUGGAACUGGUGUUUUAUACGGAAUGAUGUCCAUUGGAAAAAAAGCAUCGAUAGAUGAAAUGAGAUCAGCAGCAGUUGAUUCAACAAUACCAACGUCAAGUAUGAAAGGAAAUUUAGUGGAAAAUGCUCAACCAAUGAGUUUCAGUAACAAACCAGACAGCAACGUUUGACAAGUAACACAAAAUAUUGAUAAAAAAUUAAUUUAAACAAGUUAUUUCUUGAUAAAUAAUAUUGAAUAUUUUUAUAUUUUUUAACAAGAAAUUACUUUUGAUCAAGUUUCUUCGAGGCAGCUCAAUAAUAGUUAUGUAAUUUUAGUUUUUUAUAAUAUCAAAUUGAGCUCCAGUCAUUUGGAGCAUUAGCCAAAUGAAAAAAAAAAAAACCAGCAAUAAUUAAAAAUGGACAUUUGAUUAUUUAUAAAAUUUAGGAAAAUAUUAUUCUUCCUAUUUUUCAUAUCGUGGAUAUUUAAUUUAAAUAAAAAAAAAAAAGAAUCAAACAACUGCCUCGGAGAAAGUAACUAGUCUUCAAGAUUGAUAAUUUUGAUCAAAAAUAAAACUGCUGUUUGUUGUUGUUUCUUCAAUUUGAUAUUUUACAUAUUACGUUUUUUUAAUUUUUAAUAAAAAUUAUAAUCGUAGCUCUGGUGAUUUUGUAAGAAUGCGAAUGAAUGUGCCAAAAAUAUUAUGAGAUUUUUAAAUGGCAAAUUAUAAAAAAAAAAAAAAACAUUCACAUCUUCCUUCGCAUUCCUUUUAUGUUUAUAUUUAUUUAAGAGUUACAAGACUACAAAACGAUGUUAAAAAUUAUCAUUUUUUUUCAUUUUUUAUUUGUUUUAAGUCUAGCCAUUAUUUGUUGACUAAAAAUUUCAAUUUUAUUGAAAUAAAAAUCAGUGUAAUCGUACUAAAC